AUGGCAGCGCAGCGCAUCGGCCCUCAGCAUGGACAAAAGUCACGACAAACGACUCUCUGGUGGAUCAUUUGGUCGUUCUCUACUUCUGCUAGGAGUACCCAACCUUUGUCAGUCUCUCCAAAGAGCAUUUCCUCCUCGACUAUAAAUCUGGAACAAAGAGGGUUCUGUUCAUCUCUACUCGUGAACGCCAUAUCUGCCAUUGGAGCCAGAUUUAGUGACUUGGCAGAAGCUCGACUCGAUCUGGAUGACCGUUAUAGCGCUGGAGAACAAUUCUUCAAUAAGGCCCAGAGAUUGCUCAGUAUCGAAGCCACCCCAACAGUCGUGACUAUUCAAGCCUUGAACUUGAUGUCUCUCAGACAAGCUAGCUCCGGUAAAGAUGAAAGUGGUUGGCACUAUGCUCGACAUGUUAUGCGAAUCGCUCUUGACCUCGACCUCCAGGACGAUGACCCGAACCAAGAGCCUACUAAUCCCACCGGCUUCAGCCGAGCAGAACGCCAAGAGUGCGUGGCUACUUCUGGGGUUGCUUCGCUUGAGAGCAUCACGCGAUCGAGUCCACCCGUGCAGGCAUAUCAGAGCCUGUAUGGCCUACGGCGAGUUCCGGUAUUCACUCCGUAUCUGAUAUUGAAUGCUGAACUCGGCAUAAUGGCAGAAAAAGCAUGGUUAACUGAUGAAACGGCGGCCGAUAUACGCGCCAAAGAUAAUCUUGGGUACCUCAGUGAACUUGCAUCAGCCCUAUCUUUUGUACAACGAGCGAUUACUAUUCGCAACUUUGUCCGGGAUCAAUGGAAUGGCAAUCUAUACCAUCCAGAUCGGGCAAUGAUAGAUGAAGAAGCUGAUAUUGAUACGAAGGCGGGGCCUCGAUUGGUGUGGGACCGGCGGGAAACAUUCCUUCGACCGAACAGCGGAGUCGAGUCUCACCACAUAAGGAGGUCAAAGACAGUACAAGAGAAGCUGGAAGCUUGUGGGCUGGAGGAGCUUCAGGAUUAG